CCUCCAUCGAGUUUUAUUUGAAAAAAAAGGCGCCAUUUUCUGCAGUCUUUUGACAAAGAGAAAUGAUAAAAAUUUUGAGCAAACAUGACGCCGCAAAGCCUCCUUCAAUUAACCUCCCAAAAAUGUACGACAGGUUGCCCAAUCCUUGAUCGCUUGCUCUACGGCGGCAUCCCUUGCGACUCGAUAACCGAGAUCGUCGCCGAGAGUGGUUCCGGCAAGACCCAAAUCUGCCUCCAACUGUCACUCCAUGCCCAACUCCCUGUUUCCCAUGGCGGUCUAGCCGCCUCCUCUCUUUAUCUGCACACUGAAUUCCCCUUCCCCUUUCGCCGCCUUCACCAGUUAUGCCUUUCAUUUCGCUCCUCAAAUGCCCAUCACUUCCCCGUCAACGACAACCCUUGUGAUCGUAUAUUUGUGCAGAGUGUACAUACUGCUGAUCAUCUGCUCGAAAUUAUGUCUAAAACAGAUCCUUUCAUCGAAAAUUCGAAAAACCAAGUGCCGGUUCGUCUCAUUGUGAUUGAUUCAAUCGCUGCUUUGUUUAGGUCUGAUUUCGACAACACCCCAGUUGAGCUUAAGAGGAGAUCAUCCUUGUUCUUUAAGAUCUCUUCCAAGUUAAAGGCGCUUGCAAAGAGGUUUAAUUUAGCAGUUUUGGUGACGAAUCAGGUGGUUGAUUUGGUAGGACCUAAUGAAGGGAUAAAUGGGUUGAGGAUUGGGAAUUUAGUAUGUUUACAUACGUCAGGUAGGCGGGUUUGUCCUGCCCUGGGGUUAGCUUGGGCUAAUUGUGUUAAUUCAAGGUUAUUCUUAUCGAGGAAUGAAGAGGUUAUUCGUGAAGAGAAUGAAAAAUCAAAUGGGCAAAGCUGUGAUUUUGUUAAGAAAAAAAUGAGAAAGCUUUAUGUUGUUUUCGCACCCCAUUUGCCCGAAUCAUCUUGUGAGUUUGAGAUCACUAGAGAAGGGCUUUUUGGAGUUGAAAGAUAGCUGACUGGUUGGAUUUUGUACAUUAAGAAAUCAUCUGGAAGUAGCUAUGUUAGGACUUGGAAUGUUUUGAGUUAUACCCUUUUUUUUAAUUUAUGAUUUGACUUUAGAAGAGAUAAUCACUUUGCUUUUCUUUGUUCUCAGCUCAAUUUAUCCUUUUUGUUGUUCAUCAUAAGUGACUCUAGACUCUACAAUGAUUUCCCAAAGAUCUUUGUGUUUUCUCUUCAAGUAUAAGUUUGUAAAUUAUGGAUAUUAUAUAUGCUUUUAUGUAACUAAGUCUUAUAUAUUUGAGCUAGGAGGAGUAUAUUUCAUAUAAGGUUUCAUCA